AUGAGCGCUCUUGUGGUCAAUCUUCUGGAUAGCUUAUCAAUCAAGGGUAUUACGCCGGAUUCUAUUUGUGAAAUGAGCGGCAGUUGCUUUUCAUCAACAUAUGCAAUACGUGCACCGGAGCCUCUAUUCCUUAAGCUUGGUGGACCUGACGCUGAAUUGGCAUUCAGGGGAGAGUACCAUGGGCUGAAGGCCAUUUCGGAGACAAGGUCUGUACUGUGUCCUCGCCCAAUUUCAGUGGGUACCUUUAAUGGCAAGUCAUAUCUUCUCAUGACGCAACUCAAGGGUCUCUCUGGAGACACAUCUGGUCUCGGAAGACAUCUUGCUGCCAUGCAUAAAGGCUCGGUAGCAGAGAAGUUUGGCUUUCCGUGCAGGACUUUCUGUGGGUCAACGGAGUUAGAUAACGCUCAGACAAGCCAAGGCUGGCCAGAGUGGUUUGCAGAGCACAGGAUCAAUGACGUUCUCCUCAAGCUCGAAAGCGCUGGGGCUCUUGGUAAAGUCCUCCCCAAGGGAGUUACAAGACAAGGUGCAGUGGAGCGUGUACGUGAUCAGUUGCUGACUCUCGCAUCAUCUGUUGUGCCGAUGCUGUUACACGGCGAUCUGUGGGGAGGAAACGCAGGUUCAUCCGGCGGGGUGCCCUGCAUAUACGAUCCAGCGUGUUACUAUGGAGAUAAUGAGGUGGAUCUAGCAAUGACUCAGCUCUUUGGAGGCUUCGAUUCCAACUUUCUACGAGACUACGGCAGCGUUCUCCCCAUCAGUCCAGAGUUUAAGAGAAAAGUCCCUAUUUACAAUCUCUUUCACAUGCUCAAUCAUGCACUGAUGUUUGGAGGCGGAUACUGCCACGAGGCGCGAGCCCUGAUAGCACAGCUUUGA